CCACACAAGUCCCUCCCUCUCCGCCGCAGCUCUCCCAGCCCUCAGACUGAAUCUUUAUCUUCCCUCUUUCGAUUCCCAGCCACGGCGACCAGUGAUUUAAACUGUCUUUUUCGUUGCGCGGUGAAAGGUUGCGUUUAUCCGCGCUUUUCCCGGCGGGCAACAAAUAGAGCAGUUAAUACGUAGAAAACAAGAUUGAAAACCAAACAAAACUUGGAUCUGUUGCGUUUGCGUUCCGUAACCAAAGCGGAACAUUCCUCGAUCUCUCUUGUGAUUAUUUCCUCUUUUCUCUGGACGAGAAAAAGCUGUUGGAUUGGUUCGAGCAGACGGGCUUCUUACUUCUCAGCGGCGUGAUAUAAGAAGUUUAUAUACGUUUUUAGCCUAAACGCGGAGGUCACAUUCUACAUGUAGGAAAAGCGACCAAUUCCAUCCUGCUGGUUGACUGGCACCAAUUCUAAAGUUAGUUUCCAGAUGCAGAGUAAACAAACACGGGUUGUACGCGAAGAAAGACAUUGCCUAUCCGCGCAAGCGUUUACUUACAGACGUUUUGCGUCUUUCUUCAUUGGGAGUUUUGAGGAGAAGGCUUGUUUUUGAGGAGCAGAGCUUGUUUCUCGAUGCACUGAAUGAGGAGGAACGCCCCAUGUGCGGCUUUCACUCUUUCUGACAACCCUUCAGACCCAAGUUUCUCUGUGGUACAUCUUGAGUACAAUACAUCCCUUUAAUGCCUUGCUGCUGCGGUAACAUGUCUGACCUGGAUCAUCCCCUUCAGAAACGCUUCCUCUGAUGCUCGUUCACUCUCAAAACAGUACUGCUCAACGUCCCGGCAAACGCACAGAAAGACUCUUGGAACUUGUGAACACUGUAUCACCUACCUGAAGCAUUCCUUCAUCACCCAGGCUUACGUUUACAAGUGGAUUGAUCCGAAGUCUCACGUUCUGAGGCGUGACUGAAACUCAGCGAGUCAAAAUGGCUAACAACACUGCAGACCAUCCGCCGGGGAACUCGGUCGCCGAGGUCGACCACGAAGGCGACUUUGGCUGCACGACGAUGCAGCUCCGUGAGCUGAUGGAGCUCCGCAGUGGCGAGGCGGUCAACAAGAUUGCAGAAUGCUACGGAGACGUGCAAGGGAUCUGCCGCAGGCUCAAGACCUCACCUGUCGAGGGCCUCUCUGGUAACCCUGCUGAUUUGGAAAAGCGUCACACGGCGUUCGGUAAAAACUUCAUCCCCCCCAAGAAGCCCAAGACCUUUCUGCAGUUGGUAUGGGAGGCCCUGCAGGAUGUCACCCUCAUUAUUCUGGAGGUGGCAGCCAUUAUUUCUCUCGGCCUGUCCUUCUACCACCCACAAGGGGAAGGCAGCGACAACUGUGGCCAAGCAUCUGGGGGUGUUGAGGAUGAGGGCGAGGCCCAGGCAGGCUGGAUCGAAGGUGCUGCCAUCUUGUUCUCGGUCAUUAUCGUUGUGCUGGUGACCGCCUUCAACGAUUGGAGUAAAGAAAAGCAGUUCCGUGGGCUGCAGAGCCGCAUCGAGCAGGAACAGAAGUUCACGGUCAUCCGCAAGGGUCAGGUCAUCCAGAUCCCAGUGGCUGAAAUCGUUGUGGGAGAUAUUGCACAAAUCAAAUACGGUGACCUUCUCCCAGCUGAUGGUAUCUUGAUCCAGGGUAAUGACCUGAAGAUUGAUGAAAGCUCUCUGACUGGGGAGUCCGAUCAUGUCCGCAAAUCUCUGGAGAAGGAUCCUAUGCUCCUUUCUGGAACUCACGUGAUGGAGGGAUCUGGCCGAAUGGUGGUCAGUGCCGUGGGCCUGAAUUCUCAGACUGGAAUCAUUUUCACCCUUUUGGGCGCCGGCGAUGAGGAGAAGAAGGUGAAGAAAGGUAAAAAACAAGGACCCCCUGAAAAUCGCAACAAAGCUAAGACCCAGGAUGGCAUUGCUUUGGAGAUCCAACCGCUGAAGAGUGAGGAAGGUGCGGAGUCAGAGGAGAAGGAGGAGAAAGAAGAAAAGGAGAAAAAGAAGGUCAACGUCACCAAGAAAGAAAAGUCGGUCCUGCAGGGCAAGCUGACCAGGCUAGCUGUCCAGAUUGGAAAAGCAGGUCUCAUCAUGUCUGCUGUGACCGUCAUCAUCCUCAUCCUUUUCUUUGUCAUUGAUACAUUUGGCGUCCAGGGCCGCGAGUGGACAGCAGAGUGCACUCCAAUCUACAUUCAAUACUUUGUGAAGUUUUUCAUUAUUGGCGUGACCGUGCUGGUGGUAGCCGUGCCUGAGGGGCUGCCUCUAGCUGUCACUAUCUCCCUGGCUUAUUCCGUCAAGAAAAUGAUGAAAGACAACAACCUGGUGAGGCACCUGGAUGCCUGUGAGACCAUGGGUAAUGCCACUGCCAUCUGCUCUGACAAAACUGGAACGCUAACUAUGAAUCGCAUGACAGUGGUGCAGGCUUUCAUGGGUGACACACACUAUAAAAGCAUUCCUGAAUCAGAGGCCAUUAAUCCAGAGACUCUUGAGCUACUGGUGAACAGCAUCUCCAUAAACUCAGCCUACACUACCAAGAUCCUGCCUUCUGAGAAGGAGGGAGGUCUGCCAAGGCACGUGGGUAAUAAGACAGAGUGUGCCCUUCUUGGUCUGGUGUUGGAGCUGAAGAGAGACUAUCAGCCUAUUAGAGAUGAGGUUCCUGAGGAGAAACUUUAUAAGGUUUACACAUUCAACUCCUCCCGGAAGAGCAUGAGCACUGUACUAAAGAACACCAGUGGUCCCGGCUUCCGAAUGUACAGCAAAGGCGCCUCUGAGAUUGUCCUGCGCAAGUGUUCCCAUAUCCUUGAUGCUUCAGGCCAGUCACGUGUCUUCAAGGCCAAAGAUCGGGAUGAGAUGGUGCGGAAAGUGAUCGAGCCAAUGGCCUGUGACGGGUUAAGGACCAUUUGCAUAGCCAUGAGGGAAUUCACAACAGAGCCAGACUGGGACAACGAGGCUGACAUUCUGAAUAACCUGACCUGCAUCUGUGUUGUGGGAAUUGAAGACCCUGUUCGUCCUGAGGUUCCUGAGGCUAUCUCUAAAUGUCAGCGAGCAGGCAUCACUGUCCGUAUGGUCACUGGAGACAACAUCAACACAGCCCGCGCCAUCGCCACCAAAUGUGGAAUCCUGCAGCCUGGAGAGGACUUCCUGUGCCUGGAAGGCAAAGACUUCAACCAGCAGAUUCGCAAUGACAAAGGAGAGGUUGAACAAGAGCGUCUUGACAAGGUCUGGCCCAAACUGCGUGUUCUGGCUCGUUCCUCGCCAACAGACAAACACACUCUGGUUAAAGGCAUCAUUGACAGCACAGUUGGAGAAACCAGACAGGUGGUGGCUGUGACUGGAGACGGCACUAACGACGGUCCUGCCCUUAAAAAAGCAGAUGUUGGCUUUGCUAUGGGUAUUGCGGGCACAGAUGUCGCAAAGGAGGCCUCUGACAUCAUCCUUACCGAUGACAACUUUACCAGUAUCGUCAAAGCUGUGAUGUGGGGGCGCAAUGUCUACGACAGCAUCUCCAAGUUUCUGCAGUUUCAGUUGACUGUCAAUGUGGUGGCAGUGAUUGUUGCUUUCACUGGGGCCUGCAUCACACAGGACUCUCCACUUAAAGCCGUUCAGAUGUUGUGGGUAAAUCUGAUUAUGGAUACACUGGCAUCUUUGGCUCUGGCGACGGAACCCCCAACAGAAGCGCUCCUGCUGAGAAAACCUUACGGACGAAACAAGCCACUCAUUUCCAGGACUAUGAUGAAGAACAUCUUGGGUCAUGCUGUUUACCAACUUAUCAUCACAUUUACUCUUCUCUUUGCUGGUGAAAAAAUCUUUAACAUUGAUAGCGGCCGCAACUCCCCUCUGCACUCCCCACCAUCCGAACACUACACCAUAAUCUUCAACGUCUUCGUCAUGAUGCAGCUUUUCAAUGAGAUCAAUGCCCGCAAAAUCCACGGAGAGAGGAACGUGUUUGAGGGAAUUUACAGGAACCCCAUUUUCUGCUGCGUUGUUCUGGGAACCUUUGCUCUGCAGAUAAUCAUAGUGCAGUUUGGAGGGAAGCCGUUCUCUUGCACGGCCCUCACCAUCGAUCAGUGGCUCUGGUGUGUCUUCAUAGGAGUUGGUGAGCUGCUUUGGGGCCAGUUCAUCUCUGCUGUCCCCACACACCGCCUCAAAUUCUUGAAGGAGGCUGGUCAUGGCAUCCCCAAAGAGGACAUCCCCGAGGAGGUACUAACUGAAGGUGCGGAUGAAAUUGACCAUGCUGAGAUGGAGAUGCGCAGAGGACAGAUCCUAUGGUUCAGAGGACUCAACCGCAUCCAGACUCAGAUUAAGGUGGUGAACGCAUUCCGCAGCUCCUUAUACGAGGGCCUAGAGAAGCCAGAAUCCAGAAGCUCCAUCCAUAACUUCAUGUCCCACCCUGAGUUUGUACCCCUCUCCGAGGAGGAACCCCGCGUCCCCACGAUAGACGAGGGCUGUGUAGAGAUUGAGCACCUCCCCUCCUCUUCCAGAAACGGAGGUGGCGGCGAACCCCCGGACCGCUCUCUUCACAGCCAUGAAUUCACCGUGUGACCCUCCCAUCAUUCUCCAGUGCAACUGCCCCAAAAUAAUCAUAUAUUUUGUUUUGUUUUAUUGUGUUUUUAAAACCUGUGCACCACUCCUCCGGUGGAGCCCUGCUGAUGCACAUCUGAGAGACAGCAGCACUUACAGCGGCCAAUGGGGCGACUACGAUCCCUUUCGCCUCUCCUCCAUCCUCCCCACCCCUCUGCCCCUAUCAACUUGCACUGUGUCGGCGAAAGCAGCGCUCUGUAAGUACAUGCGGCUGUGCUGCAGCCCAUGUGACGUAUUGCCUAACUUACACACUAGAGGGUGACACUGUGGCAAAUGUCCUCUCUCAGCCUGUCACUGGCAUCUCUUCUACAGUUGUGAUUUUUCUCAUUUUUAUAUUGUCACGUCUCUGGUCUUGUGUAAUGCUGUAAUCAUUUUUGUUAUUUGUCCCAGGACUCUGUUACAUAGCUUUUGUUUUGUUUUUUUGCUGAUACAGCCGAUUAUAUUCAUGCACUCAGUUGCUGUUUGAAUAGAUUUCUCUCUUUUUUUCUCUCUCUUGAUUUGCUCUGUUUUAAGGUGGAUUGAAAAACAUGGCAGUGAAGCUACCUAUGUUCUUUUAGUUUUUAAAAUGAUUUUAUGCUCUAAUGGAUGUUUUAAGUAGUUCAGACACACUACAUGUCAUGUUUUCAGAGGUUAUCAUACAAUGCUGUUUGGCUCAUUUUGGGUUUCCUGUCACUUUAUAUGUACAGAUGUAAGGCUGCUAUAGUGAACAUUAGCAGAAUAAAAGACUAUAAUAAACUUAUUUGAUAGCUAAGUUAAGAAUACCUGAUUGGCUCUUAAGGGGGCAGGGAGGGUCAUCUUACACAUCAUCUCAUCGAAAUCACACCCAAUGGGCAUCUCUAGUCUCUUGUUAAUGCUCAUUUGCCUCGAAACAAAUGCCCAGCUAAUUGACCAAGUACUUUAUCGAAGGUACAGCACCUCAUCAUAGUGUGCAUGUAUCUGUCUUUAGGUUCAUCUGUGUCUGAUUGUAUGGGAAUGGUAAUUGUAAUACUAAUCUUUAUGGGAUAAUGACUAAUGAAUAGGAUUUUCCUUUCUUGUUUCCUCUUUCAGAAAAAAAAUGCUAUAGAAAUUAUUCUGUAUGUGUGUACUUUCAAAUCCAGUCUUUUUCUCAUCUCAGCUCUGCAGUUAGGUGUUCUCCUUGUUAUCUAACAUCAGGCUGUGCUCCACAUAAGCUCCAAGUUAAGCAGACGCCACUAGUAGAGCUCCAAAAUCCCAUCCCUGAAUUUAGCCUGUGAGGGUAAGGAUACUGCAUGUAGUAAGCAUGCUUUUGCCAUUUAAAACAAAAAAAGAGAAAGAAAACACUUAAACACACAAAAGCAUGCGGCAAGGGCCUCUGUUGGACCCUGUGAGCUCUGUUGAAACUUGGAUGACAAACUAGAUUGGACUGUUUUCAUAAGAGUGCGGCCUCAAUGACAUGUGCUUUUUAUUAGCCGAAACAUACUACUGCCAUAGACCGACCUUCCGCUCAUACCAAUUGAUGGAUUCCUCAAAUUACACCUUUUUCUACUUGCUCAGAGCCAUAUUUUAUAGAUUGUUCUUUUAUAUCCCACCGUUUUUGCAGUUUAUUUUGUAUUUCCAACCAAAUUCUAAAAACACACACAGAGUCACUGCCUAAAGAAAAAAGGAAAAAACCCUAGAUGGACCACUUUAAUGUUUACGGAAAGGUUCCACAGCAGUCGGGUGAAGCUGCACUUCCCCCUACUGGCAGUUUUUGUUAUUUCACUUAAGUGGAAAAUGGUAUGUUAUUGUGGGUAAGCAUGCAUGAAUUUCAUAUAAAACUCAAUGCUUUGUUCCUUUUUUUACAAUUGUUCUGUAUUUUUAUAUUAAGUACUUUUUAAUAUUUUGGAAAAAUAUAUAAAUAUAGGUGUAUAGGCCAGAGAGUUUGGUGACAUGACAAAUUAGCAAAAUAAGCAGUUUAGUAUAUAUAUAUAUAUAUAUAUAUAUAUAUAUAUAUAUAUACUGUAUAUGCGCCACGUUUGUAACCAAAUGCGGUGUCAGAUUCGAUGUCCGAGCUGAUAAAGUUACAUGUUUACUCUAAAGUCAAGGGGUCUGGUCGAGUUCUCAAUUUAAUGGCCUUAUCCUGAAUAGUGUACUCCAAAUCUGCAGCCACAGGUUAAUAUGCUGGCUGUGAAAAGUCUUUAAAAUAAUAUUAUUUGCCACCUAAUUGGAAUCUAUUGAACUACAGUUGAGAAAUGUUAAGGGUUUUGAGGUUUUCAAACUCAACUUUUAUGUUCUUUUAGACUGAUAAAACAUGAUUUAUUUUCUGUAAGAUUUCUGUAUCACUCAUUAAAGUGGCAAAGUGGUGGCUAUGGAAAAUAGAGAUCAUUACGUAUUCUCUGUGUUGUCAUCAUUUUAACUUUGAUUUGUCUUUGUGAAAACAUUUUUGUCAUAUGCAGCUCUGGAUAUAAAUUAAGCAUACAUACUGUAUGUUACACGAAAGUACAAAUGCAUUUUACUUCAUGUGGAAGCAGUCAAACAGUUUCCAGUUAGAGCUUUAUAUAAAUUCUGCCACAGUGUUGCUUUGUACAGUCAGUUCUGACUUAUGUCUUUGUUCUUGUUCAUUUGGAAAAACUUAUAACUGGAUUUCAUCCUUAUUUGGAUAUUUCUUUCCCAUGAGGAUCUAAAAUAUACCCCUUCAUUUUUUUUUUCAUUACUUGAUCAUAAUGGAUGCAGAAAAAUGGGGGAAUCGAUCAAAGCCAUUGUCUUUAAUUUUCUUUUCUGGUUCCCUUUAACAGCUCCUUAGAACCAUUUCUGUUAUUGCACAUGUUUUUCUCUCUUGCAUUGUGUAAACUGAGAAUCGCUUCAAGGUGUCGUGCAAUAACUUUGAAUUUUAAUGUAUUACUACUCUACUGAAUUUGUCUGACAGUUCUUGUUUGCUUGGUUGGGGACGGGAGGAAAUGAUACACCACAACUGUAAAUAAAAAAAUUGUUUUAAAACUGGAAUAUAACAUUAAGUUGAAACCACUUAUUUUGCAUAUAUUUAGUCCAAUUACAUCUGAUGUUGAGUGAAAUUAAAAUUGUAUUUGAUUGCGGGGAAAGCAGUCAAUAGAACAUCCGAUUUCUGUAAUUCAUAUGAAACAGUAAUAUACACUGGUGUUAUUUUUGUAUAAACAUAAUAUCAUCUAUGUGGCAUGCAUUACUUAUAAACAAAUUGGUGGUUCAAAGCAAUAUGUACAACCUGGUGCGAUUUAUAUUUUUAGUGUCCUGUGUAGCUUAAACCACGCUGUACUUGGGGAAAAAAACUGCAUUGGAAAAAAAAUCGUAAUUGUUCAAUAUACGUAUGUGUUCAAUGUUCUGCAUGAUUACAUAUGGAAUGAGGCGUCCCCAGAUGUUUGCUUGUUUCCAGAAUGAAUGUGACACAAACACGCUCACACAUCAAUAGACUCUACAAAGGAAACACACACUGACUCGACACUGUUUUCGAGAAGAAUGUUCUGUACUGCGGAGAUGAAAGAGUCUCGUUUCUUGUCUAGACGUCAUGAGAGAGCACUACUCCAUUAAAUUUCCUAAUUACUGGGGUGUGGGAAUAACUGCCAGAGUAUGUGCUUGAACGAUCUAGUCUUUUUACCAGUUACGCUUCGCUUUGGCUUCGUUUCGUUACUUUUAUAGCCAUAAGCCAUGGCUGUCGAUUGAACUGCUUAAUUGCAGAGUGGUACGAGCUUUGAUGUUCCAUCACCUUAUUGUGUGGGUUACCAACUCCGUCCAGAAAGCUCCCUCUCAUCCAUGCAUGAUCCAUCAAAGAUGAAAGACGUUUUCAAGGUAGGCAACAGUCGUACUUGAGUCCCCAUCUCACUUUCCUGAUAUGCACUGAUUCCCUUUACUCUCUUUAUUCCUACCCUUUGCAUCUAUUUGAGGGCUUUGAGAGAGAGAGAGCAUUGUUUAAUAAUCUUAUACAAGGUAGGUUUAGUUAUUUACAUUAGUCAAUGAAUGUGUAGUCUUAACAAAUCCAGGGACGCAGCUGACUUAUUUAUUAAUGCAUGGGAAAUACACUUAAGAUUAGGAUCUUUAUUGGCAUCUAUGGUUCCAUGAAGAACUGUUAACAUCCGUGGAAUCUUUCCAUUCUGCAAAAGGUUCUUUAGAUUAAAAUGUUCUUUAUACUAAGAGGCCGUUCACACAGAAUGCAGUUUUUUCCCCCCCAUUCCACUACACUAAAUUCCAUCGUUUUUGUAUGUAAACGUUAAGAUGGCAUUAUAAAAAUGUAGUGCUUCAAGUUAGUCAAGUAAGAGGCCUUGCAUUUUUCUCCAUUCCACUGCUUAUGUCUCGUGUUUUUCAAAGCUAAAACGCAUUCUGUGUGAAUGGCCCCUAAGACAAAAAAUGGUUCUUCUAAGAACUGUUCACUGAAAGGUUCUUCAGGAACCCCAUAUUGGUUCUUCUAUGGAAUCAAUGUGAAAACGCCCUUUUGCAACCUUUAUUUUUAAGAGUGUUGAUUAUAGCAUAUUUCCAUUUAUUCCUGUUUUUUCUUCUCUGUUUUGUUUCUUGUCAUUAAUGACUUAAGCUAUUAAAAUUAG